GUCUGACUGAGCCCAAGAAUGGCCCUAAUUGUAUUGAAAUGCAGUCUGUUCCAUACCAGGGCUCUAGUCUGCUCACUGCUGGUCCUCCUGUGUCAGCACACAGUCACAGGGAUGUCAGGGUGGGGUGGAUGUCUGGAUGGUCAGGAUGUGUUUGCAACAGUCAGAGAAAACAGCUUGUCAGGAGAAGUUGUUGCUGAGCUCAUGGCUGAGACCACAAUGGAGGGGGUUCAGUGGAGCCUGCAUGGAAAGGACGCUGAUUGGUUCUUCUUGGAUGGGAGAAACAUCCGGCUGAACAUAUCAGCUGACAAGGUCCUCGAUCGAGAGUCUCUCGGUCCGAUCCUAAUGGCUGAGCUGUCCUGUUACGAGGAGGACACACUUCAGACUGUGUACAGGGUCAUGGUGGAGAUUCUCAAUGACAACGAUAAUCAGCCUGUGUUUGCAGAAGACACUGUUGUCUCUCUCAUUAUCAGUGAGCUGACUCCAGUGAAUACUGUGAUCUUUACUGUCCAGGCCACUGAUGCAGAUAACGACAAAAUCAUUUACUUCGUUGACCAGACAUCACCUGAUGCAGAGUACUUCAAGGUUGAUCUCCCCAACAGUGGAGAGGUGAUCCUGUCCAAGCCUCUAGACUAUGAGACCAAGACCCUGUUGACUGUGACCAUCCACGCCUCAGAAAUGAGCACUGCCGAGCGCUUCAAUACCAGCAUCAAUAUCACCAUCACUCUGCUGGAUGGGGAUGACCAGUACCCACAGUUUCUGCCCUGUGUGCUGCUUUUCCAAGAUGAGACCAGCUGCAUCUGCACUAGCCCUGUGUACGCAGUGAACGUCACAGAGGGGGAAGAGGACAUUGUGCUGGAUUUCUCUCCUGGUCCCAUUCAUGCAGUGGAUGGAGACCGAGGAAUCAGCUCUCCAGUCAGCUAUGCCAUUCUCUCAGGAGAUGAUGAUGGCCGUUUCCUAAUGGACAAAAAGACGGGCGAGAUUAAACUGAUGCACGGGGUUCGAGACAGACUCAUAACUCCAGAGGUGCAGCUGCUGGUCAUGGCAUAUCAGGACGAUGACCCCAGGAAGUAUUCUGUUGCAAAAGUGUUGGUUCGAGUUCUGGCAGUGAAUCGGUUUUAUCCAGAGUUCAACAUGGCUGAAUAUCAAGGCUUUGUAACUGCAGGAGAGAGCCCUGCUUCUCUGGUCGAUACCUAUGGCAGCAAAGCCCUGAUGUUACAUGUGGAAGAUCAGGACUUCAACCAUGGUUUUAAUCCCAUGAUCCACUUCACCUUCAGUCCCACAUCAAAUCACACAGACAUCUACCAAAUUACACAGGAGGGUCUUCUGAUCACCAAGCCCAAUCAGCUCAAACCAAAGCAGAAACAUGUUCUGGAGUUGCUGUGUUUGGACUGA